AGGCGACAGCAGCCGACCAGUUAUCAACAACAACAACACACAAAGUUCAAACGGCGACUGUGUUUCUCGCUCCGCCAUUCUUAUGUAAACAGCCAAGUGUCUGACACGGAGCAUCCAGACGCUACGCCGUUGGUGUAGCAGCAGCAGCAGCAGUAGCAAUUUGUGAAUUAUUUAGUUAGAAUCCCGAAAUAAAAUCUUCAACAGAUGUCACUGACCUCUCUCUCGUUUGCUGUUGCCAUCGUUCGGCGGGGGUUGGCUGGGCUGGGUGGGUGUCUCGUUGGCGCUCGCAAAAGUUUCUUGGCAUUGAAUCGCGAGAGAGAGAGAGAUGAUGUGACGUCAUCGUGACACGCCGCUAGGUGGCACUAGAGUGGAAUAACAAAAUUUUUUUUUCUAAAAUACAAAGCGCAACACACGAGAGAGAGAAAAUAAAAAGACCCGAGAGAGAGAGAGAGAGAAAUCUUGGUGAAACAAAAAACAACUCAAAUUCCCGGGAGGGAAUAAAGCGCUUCUUAACGCGCGGGUUUUCGUCAGUUUAGCACGCGGCAUCAUAUCGCACGUUCCCCCCCUCCUUUCAAGCGAAUAAGUCAUUCUGACUUUUCUCUCUCCUUUUUUAUUUUUAAAUUUCGGGAGAGAGGUGCUAAUUAAUAAUCACUCCACACACACAUUCAUCAACGCUACAAUCAACUAAUCAACUAUUAGGAGAAAUCGAGUUUUAAAAGAAACAUUCGCCCGCAUCUUUAAAAACAACCGCGACAUGAUUCGAUUAUCAUCGUCCGUCACGGUGUUUCUCAUCAUCACGAUCCCGCACCUCGUCCUGGCCAGCCCGCUAGACACAUCAGUCGAUAACAGUCAUCACCUCAUGUGGCAGAGCGUCGAGGACGACCUAUCGGCCGAAAUGGAGGAUUACGUCAACGACAACCCUGUCAUCGAAGUGGACGACAGCGGAGUGCCCGUCUGCCCUCCAGUGGUAAACCAUCCGCAGGCUUGUUACGCCAAGAUUUGCCGUUCGGAUAUCGACUGUCUCGGUGGCAAAACCGAGCGCGUCUGCUGUUACAACGGUUGCAUCCGAACGUGCAUGAUCAAAGUGAAACCGCCGCCUUUCUUUGAUUACGAGGACACCCACAGCGAUUCUCAUCACCAAUCAGAUGUCGGGAUCGGUCAAAAUAUCCGAGCCGGAUCGGCGGAAGUGGCCGAAUUCCAGCGACCGGCGAUUGUGUUGACUCUACCGGGCGGAUGCCACCUCACCCAGGAGCAGUACGACACUUAUCAAAAAUUCCAAGUCUCUCCCAACGUUCGACAAUGUUACUGCCUGGCGGGGGACGUCUUUUGCCAAAUCAAUCCGAAGGCACCUUGAUCGAUGAGCGGAGCAACAUUUCCUUCGUUUUUUUUUUAUUGUUAUUAUGAUUCCCCCCCACUCCCUUUUAAUUCAUGCCAUACUUACACAUAUCCGUCAUAUUCAUAAACGAAACACAAACUCGCAUAAACAGAUAAAAAAGAAAAAAAAAAUGGAAGAGAAAAAAUGUCAAACAGGUAAAAUA